AUGCCGCCCCAGAUCAAAAAGGACCUCAACCGCUCCGGCUGGGAGUCGACCGACUUUCCCUCCGUCUGCGAAAACUGCCUGCCCGACAACCCCUACGUGCAGAUGCUGAAGGAGGAUUAUGGCGCCGAAUGCAAGAUCUGUACGCGUCCUUUCACGAUCUUCCGCUGGAAAGCCGACCGCACGUCUCGCCAGAAGCGCACCAUCAUCUGCCUCACGUGCGCCCGUCUCAAGAACUGCUGCCAGCACUGCAUGCUUGAUCUGUCCUUCGGUCUGCCUACCGUUGUCCGUGAUGCCGCACUCAAGAUGAUUGCCCCCGGCCCCGAGAGUUCGAUCAACCGCGAAUACUACGCCCAGAACAACGAGAAGGAGAUUGAGGAAGGCCGUGGCGCCAUCGAGGAAUACGAAAAGACCGACGAGAAGGCGCGCGAACUGUUGCGCCGUCUUGCCAACAGUCAGCCUUAUCACCGCAAGCAACGCAUUGAAGGCACCUCUGGUGAUGCCGACGACAAUGCCGGGGAGGGAUCCAGCGCGGCCGAGCCGGUAGGACACAGCCGAUACGGCAACGGACCAGGUCCGAUCCGCACUAGCGACAGUCGCGCGCGCGCUGGGCGUGGAGGACGGGGUGGUGCGCGGGGUGGUCGUCCAUUCCCCGGCACGGCACAGCUCCCGCCAUCUGCGCAGGACAUUAAACCCCCGGCAGACCAAAACAUCACGUCGCUGUUCGUGACAGGUGUAGAAGAUGACCUGCCAGAGCACGCCUUGCGCACCUUUUUCACAGAGUUUGGCCAGCUUCGCUCGUUGGUCUGCUCCCACCGUUCACACUGCGCCUUUAUCAACUACGUCAAUCGUGCCGACGCCGAGGCCGCCGCCGAGAAGUGCCAGGGCAAGGCGAUCAUCCGGGGCUGCCCGCUUCGGGUGCGCUGGGGUAAGCCCAAGUCUCUUGACAAUAUGGAUCGGGAGGAACGAGUCCGGAAUGCCCGCGAGGGACGACAGGCUGUUGGCCCCGCUUCGAAGCGUGCCGCUGGCAAGAAGGCUGUGACUGCGCCGGGCGCGCCGACCCAAGAGGCCGAAGCCCCGAGUUACGCUGUGGCACCUCCACCGGGCUCGGGCGACGUCCAGUACGCCAGUAUGCGAGGCGACUAA